UGCGGUGGCUCCGACUGGCUUUCUGUCAACUAUACCAGGACUGUCAACACAUGACUCUUAUCAAAGAGAUCAAGAAUAUCUUCAGAUACAACAUCAAUAGACACUGAUCGAAAAUGGACGUAUCGGGUUAAAGCUUCAGACAGCGAAGGGGAGGCGGAGAGAGAGUGGAAGAGAGAAGAGCUCGGAGAGCCUCCGACAGGCGGGGUAUUCCGAUUCUCUCCACCCUCACCUUCACACUCUAUAGAAACUACCCCACGAUCUCGACCCAAAGUUUACUUUACUUUACUUCUACCAACAUCCUGCACCUACAAACCAUCUUCCAAGCACCCAAGAUGGUCCUCGCCAAGCCCGAAAACAAGAAUGUCCUCAAAUCCUUCGACCUAACCGGCAAAGUCGCCGCCAUCACAGGCGGCGCCCGUGGCAUCGGCUUGGAAGUCUCGACAGCCCUAGCAGAAGCAGGAGCCGACAUCGCAAUAAUCUACAACAGCUCCUCCCCGGAAACCGCGACGACCCUCGCAUCGACCCUGGCCUCCGCCCACAACAUCAAAGCCAGCGCCUACCGCGCCGACGUCUCCGACCAAGCCUCCAUCGCCGCCACCAUCCAACAGAUCGCCACCGACUUCUCGCGGCUCGACAUCAUCGUGGUGAACUCGGGGAUUGUCUCCAACGUCCCGGCGGAUGAGUACACGCCUGCCCAAUGGCACGAGAUCAUGAAGGUCAACCUCGACGGCGCCUUCUGGACCGCCCAGGCCGCCGCGCGGAUCUUCAAGGCCCAGGGCCAUGGGAAUGUUAUCUUCACGGCGUCGGUCAGCGCGACGCUGGUGAAUGUGCCGCAGAGGCAGGCUGCUUAUAAUGCUUCCAAAGCGGGCGUCGUGCAACUGGCCAAAUGCCUGGCCGUCGAGUGGGUGGAUUUCUGUCGUGUGAAUUGCAUCUCGCCCGGGUUCAUCGAGACGGAUAUCUUGGACAUCCAUCCGCAGGAGUGGCGGGAGAAGUGGUUUGGUAUGAUCCCGGCGCAGCGGAUGGCGGACGCUUAUGAGUUGAAGGGGGCGUAUGUGUUCUGCGCGUCGGAUGCAUCGAGUUAUAUGACUGGGGCGAAUCUUGUGAUUGAUGGAGGGUAUACGCUUCCAUGAUGCAUCCAACGGAGCCGGAAGAGAAUCGAGGAUGUAUGGCUCAGGUAUUAUACUAUCUCAUCAUCUUCUUUUUUUUGGUUUUCUCUUGGCCAUGAAAUUAAGGUAAGAGGAUGCAAAAACUCUAGUCUAGCUAUACA